CUACAUGUUCGAUGAGCCUUCAUCUUAUUUGGAUGUCAAGCAACGUUUGAGUGCCGCGAAGGUCAUUCGGUCUCUGCUACGACCCGACGAUUAUGUCAUUUGUGUCGAGCACGAUUUGUCCGUACUCGACUACCUUUCUGACUUCAUCUGCGUUCUCUACGGUAGACCUGCUGUGUAUGGUGUAGUUACAUUACCGGCCUCUGUCCGAGAAGGCAUCAACAUCUUCCUUGACGGCAACAUUCCCACUGAAAAUCUUCGCUUCAGAGAGGAAUCAUUGACCUUCCGUAUCGCAGAGGCUGCUGACGAGUUUAUGGUUGACCGGACUCGUGCCUUCAAGUACCCAUCUAUGGAAAAGACUCUUGGAGAAUUUCAUCUCGGUAUCGAAUCUGGCGACUUCACCGAUUCCGAGAUCAUCGUCAUGAUGGGUGAAAACGGUACUGGAAAAACCACCUUCUGCAAACUCCUCGCUGGAGCUUUGAACCCAGAUGGCAACCAGAAGGUUCCAGGCAUGAAAGUCAGCAUGAAGCCCCAGAAGAUCACACCGAAGUUUGAGGGUACAGUUCGACAGCUUUUCUUCAAGAAGAUCAAGACAGCAUUCCUGCUCCCUCAAUUCCAGACAGACGUUGUCAAGCCCUUGAAGCUCGAGGAAUUCAUUGAUCAAGAGGUCAAGACCUUGUCUGGUGGUGAGUUACAGCGUGUAGCCAUCGUGCUCGCAUUGGGAUUGCCCGCCGACAUCUACCUCAUCGACGAGCCCUCCGCUUACCUUGACUCCGAACAACGUAUUAUCGCCGCACGUGUCAUCAAGCGUUUCAUUAUGCAUUCCAAGAAGACUGCUUUCAUUGUCGAGCACGAUUUCAUCAUGGCCACCUAUCUCGCUGAUCGUGUCAUCGUCUUUGAUGGCGAGCCAGGAAUCGACGCUCGUGCCAAUGCUCCCGAAUCAUUGCUCACUGGUUGCAACAAGUUCUUGAAGAACCUCGAUGUCACUUUCCGCCGUGACCCAACCAACUACAGACCUCGCAUCAACAAGCUCAAUUCUCAACUAGACCAAGAGCAGAAAUUGGGGGGCAAUUAUUUCUUCUUGGAAGAGGAUAAGGCGGCUACGGCCGCCCCUCCUAGUUGAAAAGGGCACUCAUGAUAAAUCAAACGGCUCGGUAAAUAAUGCAUUUUCAGGCGUUUCAGGAAAAGCAUUAGGGAAUAGGCAUAAAGGAUCGGGCGGGGAUUUGAGCGAGGAAAUGACUUUGAAUGAUGACGAAGAACCCGGCGGCUAACAACGGCGACGGCAGCUUGCUCCCUGUUGUCUGGUCCUACUCACGAUUGCUGCUCUUUCUUUUGUUUCCGUACAUAACAGCAUAUCUGGUAGAUUGAGGGACAAUGGGUCAAGUGAGCAGCU